GCCCCGCUUCGCCACACAGCAAAGGAUCAAACAAGCCCCCUCUGAUCAGCGCGACCCCCGGUUUUGUUCUCAUGGAAAUCCGAGCCUGCCUCCCGGACACACUUUCUGCAGAGAUGCAAAGUUGAAGCGCAUUCCCAGCCGGGGCAACGGCUGAUACCGAUGUCUUGGAGGAGCUGAUCGUUCUCUUCGUGCGUUUCUCCUUUCCUUUCCUCUCCUUCCCUUUCCUUUCCUUUCCUUUCCUUCCUUGCUCGGCGCACUCGGACCCGCACACGUUUCACCUCCCAACAUGCUGGAUUUGGCGCAGCGACUUGUUUUCUGCGCGCUGCUCGCCUCCGUUUACGCGUCGUGCCCUCCGCGCUGCGAGUGCUCCGAGGCGGCUCACACCGUGAAGUGCGUCUCCAGAGACCUGCGGAGCAUCCCGAGCGGGAUCCCCGGAUACACCCGGAACCUGUUCAUCACCGGGAAUCAAAUCGGUCGAAUCGGCCCGGAGUCGUUUAGAGGGCUGGACAAUGUGACCAACCUCUCUCUGAGCAAUAACAGGAUUUCCGAGGUGGAGUCGCACUCCUUUUCUGGCCUGCGCAGCCUUCGCUCCCUGGAUCUGAGCAACAACCAGCUGGCGGUCAUUCACCCCGAGGCCUUCACCAUGCAGAACCAGUCUCUGCGGGAGCUGAACCUGAGCCGAGCCCUCUACAACCACUCGUCGGUGAUGGACCUGGCCACGUCCCUCCGCUGGAGCUCCCUGGGCACCCUGAAGCGACUGGACCUUUCUCACAACGGCCUCAUCUAUUUACCCUCGCGGAUCUUCUCCCACCUGAGCAGCCUGCAGCGGCUCCAGCUCUCCAACAACUCCCUAGUGGCCGUCCACAACUCCACCUUCUCGGGUUUGGAGCGUCUGGAGGAGCUCGACCUGACCCUCAACGCCUUCAAGACGGUGCCCGAGGAGGGUCUGCGAGAGCUGGACUCCCUGCCCAGAGCUGAUCUCCUGCUGGGGGAAAACCCCUUCACGUGUUCGUGUGGAAUCGAACCUUUUGCUCUGUGGCUCAACAGGUCACAGGGACGCAUUAGUGACGCCGAGGGCCUCGUGUGCGCUUUCCCAGCCGGCAUGAGGAACACAUCCAUGCUGGCUGUGGGCUCGUUGACGCUGGGAUGCGACCAGUGGGGUGCGGGGGCCGACCUCGCUCUGCACACCUCUUACGUCUUCCUGGGUGUCGUCCUGGGCUUCAUCGGCCUCGUCUUCCUCUUUGUGCUUUAUCUCAACCGCAAGGGCAUCAAGAAGCGCAUCUACGACCUGCGGGACGCCUGCAGGGAGUUGUGCGAGAGCUACCACUACCGCUUCGAGACGGACUCCGACCCCAGGUUAUCGCAGGUCUCCUCGAGCGCUGACGUGUGA